AUGCCAAUGUGGAAUUCGCUUCAAAAUACAGCCACAGUCAAUUUAACCUAUCAUCCAUUUGGAAUUGCUCAAUGUCAAAAACAAAACGAUGGCAUCAAAUGUCAAUGUCAGCACGGAAAUCAAGAAUGUAUUAUGAAUCAAUUACAAGCAUGUGUUAUUGCUGCAUUGGAAGUUCCACAAUUAUAUAUGAGAGUUGUGAAUUGUAUUCAAGGAAAACGGGAUAUUAAUAAAGCGAUGGGAGAAUGUAUUGUGAAUGCGAGACCAAGACCUGAUUUGGAUGAAAGAUUGUGAGUUUCUGUGGGAAGAUUCAAAAAUUGAAUUCCUUUGAUGUAGACAUAUUUAAAUUGUUCAUUGUUUAGAAACGUACAUUUUUUACUUUACAAGAUUUUUAUGAAGUUUGAUUCCUCAAAAACUUGAAAUUUUCCCAGUGUAGUUGAACCCUCGACUUGAAAUUCUAAAUUUUUAUUUUUGAAAUUCCAAGUGGAACUUUUUUUUCCAUUUUAUUCAGUUCUUUGAAGUUUGGUUUUCUUCUCAGUGAUCUUUGAAAAACCAUUCCUCCCACUAACAAUAAUUUUUGAUAAUGGGAUUCUUCUCUCCCACUCAAAAAAUUAAGAUGUGAUUUUUGAAAUUGAAGUGAAUUGUGUUAAGUUUUGGACAAUUCGGAGAGGCAUUUUGCGGCUGAAAAUUCCACCCUCACGAUUUUCCACAAUUUUAAUUGUUUAAUUAUUUAAAUUUCUAGGUUUCUUAGGGUUUCAAGGCAUUCGAGGCUUUUCGAGCAUUUGAGUUGUUUGAAGACGGGUUCUUGUAUCUGCGUGAAACACAUUAAUCUGAAAAUUUCAAAAAAUGUAUACAAUUUAAUUUUUAUCUUCAGAAUGUUUUUCAAAAAUUAAAGUUCCUUCUUUGAAAUAGAAAUUACUAAUUUUUUCUCCGAAAUGUUCAUUUCUCAGAGUCUUGAACCCUUGUUUUCUGAUCAAUGAUUUUAGAAAAAAUAAUUCCUCCCACGUUCAAUAAUUGAAGGAUGGAACGUUGCCCGCCCAUUUUGAACUUUAAUGAUAUUUCGAUUUUUUUAAUGUCAUUUAAUUAAAAUAAUAGUCAAAAUUAUUCCUCCCUUUUUCUUGACCAGAAAACUUUUUCAAGAAGGAUCUCUGAAACUUUGAAAUCAGAUUCUAAAAGUAUCAUUCAUUCACAGCAUCCAAAAUUGUGCACAAUCUCAACUUGGCGCCAAAUUAAUGUAUCAACACGGUCAACGUCAACACAAAAUUGCGCGCGAUUUGAAUUGGGUUCCAUGGAUUAUGGUGAAUGGAGCACGCGAGCAAAAAGCUGAAAUUUCGAUGAAUUAUGUUUUAUGCAAAUUUGCCUCAUUGUCAUCUAGUCAAUAUUGUCAGCAGUCCGAUGAUAAUAUUUAA